UGGUGGCGAACCGGAGGAUGGCUUUCCACGGUGCAGGACGCCAAACGGUGUGCGGCGACUUGUUUCCGGGCUCCGACUUGGGCCACAAGUAUUUCUGUGUGAACUCCUCCUGCGGUGCUCCCUCCACGGGCCUGAGCGCCACGCCGUGCCUGACCGGCCCCACUGCCCCGGCAGGGACGCCCCGACACCCGACAGCACUGGGAGGGAGCACCGGCGGAGGAGCAGCGGUGCCUCAGCCGUACAGCAACCCGGCCAGCGAGGUGCCGAGCCCCGCAGAGAUGGAGCCGGACCGGCCCAUCGGUUACGGAGCAUUCGGAGUUGUUUGGUCGGUCACAGACCCGCGUGACGGCAGGAAGGUUGCUUUGAAGAAGAUGCCGAAUGUCUUCCAGAACCUGGUUUCCUGUAAGAGAGUCUUCAGAGAGCUGAGGAUGCUCUGCUUCUUCAAACACGACAACGUGUUGUCAGCUCUGGACAUUUUGCAGCCUCCACAAAUCGACUGCUUCGAGGAAAUCUACGUGAUAACAGAGCUGAUGCAGAGCGACCUCCACAAAGUGAUCGUGUCUCCUCAGCCUCUCACCACCGACCACAUCAAGGUCUUCCUCUACCAGAUCCUCCGAGGUUUGAAGUAUCUUCACUCUGCUGGGAUUCUGCACAGAGACAUCAAACCUGGAAACCUGCUGGUCAACAGCAACUGUCUGCUGAAGAUUUGUGAUUUCGGGUUGGCGCGCGUGGAGGAGCCCGACCCGUCGCGUCACAUGACCCAGGAAGUGGUGACUCAGUACUACCGAGCGCCGGAGGUGCUGAUGGGCUGCCGGCACUACGGCUCGGCCAUCGACGUCUGGUCGGUCGGAUGCAUCUUCGCUGAGCUGCUGGGACGACGGAUCCUCUUCCAGGCUCAGAGCCCCAUCCAGCAGCUGGAUCUGAUCACAGACCUGCUGGGAACUCCUCCGCUGUCUGCGCUGUCGUCAGCCUGCGAAGGAGCCCGAGCUCACAUCCUGAGAGGACCGCACAAACCGCCGUCGCUGUCGGUGCUCUACAUGCUGUCUGACGGAGCGACACACGAGGCGGUGCACCUGCUCUGCCGGAUGCUCGUCUUCGAUCCGGCGAAGCGUAUCUCCGGCAGCGACGCUCUGUCCCACCCGUACCUGGACGAGGGACGCCUGCGUUACCACACCUGCAUGUGUCAGUGCUGCUACUCCGUCCCCAGCGGACGAGUCAACACCCGAGACUUCGAGCCGGUCGCAGAGCGGCCGUUCAGCCACAGCUACGAGAACAGUCUGCUCUCCGUCUGGCAGGGGAAAGAGUUGAUCCAUCGCUUCAUCACGGAGCACCAGCAGGGCAAACGAGUGCCGCUGUGCAUCAACCCUCAGAGUGCUGCCUUCAAGACCUUGUUCAGGUCCACUGCUUGGCAUUCCUCCAAGGUUUCCAGGAAGGAAGAGAGAUGA